UCACUGCUCCAACAUGAUUUGGCUUGUGGCUUUUCUGUCCUGUAUUGGGCUGAUUUGUGCUGAAACACCCUUCAACCACAAUGUGCACAAUGAGAGGGUCAUAGGAGGCCAUGAUGCCAAACCCAACACCUGGAGAUGGCAGGCUUCUCUCCAGUAUGAUUCAUACAAUGACGGUUCAUACUACCACAUGUGUGGAGGCACUAUCAUUGAUAGUUUCUACGUUAUGACUGCGGCUCACUGUAUCUUAAGCAUGGAUGCUAGUCAGUACCGUGUGGCGGUGGGUGAGUAUAACCUGUAUGAGUAUGACGGCAGCGAGCAAUUCAUCCGUGUGGAAAUGAUUUCUGUCCAUCCUGGCUGGACCGGAGACCUUGCCAUAGGAAAUGAUAUUGCUCUUUUGAAACUGGCUAACCCUGUGUACGACAACGGCUACGUGGCCAUCGCCAAUCUUCCCAGGCCUGGCGAGAUGCUACCUCAUGGGUUCACCUGUUACAUCACCGGCUGGGGACUUAUGGACUAUUCGGGUAGCGUGCCAGCCAUCCUGCAGGUGGCUCCCAUCCCUGUGGUGGAGCAUGCGGUCUGCUCCCGGCAUGACUGGUGGGGCAACAUUGCUCUGAGAACUAUGGUGUGUGCCGGAGGGGAUGGAGUCAUAUCAGGUUGCCAGGGCGACUCCGGAGGUCCCCUGAACUGUUUCACAGACGGAGCCUGGAGAGUCCACGGUGUUGUCAGUUACGGUCCAUCCGGCAUGUGCAACCAAGUCAACAGACCCACAGUCUUCACCAGAGUCUCUUCCUUCCAUGACUGGAUUUUUUCAAUCACACGAUAGAUGACAGUGUAUCCUGUCAAAUGGAAAGUGGGAAAUAAAAAUCUAUUUGCAUCUCA